AUGGAGUUUUCUAGCAUUUUCUCAUUGGUUUUGGGUUGGAUCACUUGUCUUGGGCCUAAGACAAGAUUACUAUUCAACAAUAGGAUCAGUGAAUUACCCGUCGAAGUUCUUCGUCACAUACUUUCUUUCCUUCCAACGAAAUAUGCUGUCAGGACCAGCUGUUUGUCUACCAAGUGGAAGAAUAUAUGGGCUUCUGUUCCCAUCCUUAACUUCCACCAUGAAUAUUUUUCUGGAGAUGCUGGAUUUUCGAUGUUUGUUGAACGUGUACUUUUCAUGCGUGAUUCAUCAGACAUUCAGAGGUUCAGUCUUUGUUGUCGCCAGAUUCAGGAUUUUUCACGUGUUGAUGGUUGGAUUCGCACGGCUAUUAGGCGUAAUGUUGUUGAACUUUCCAUUUCUGCCAUCUUUGAUCGUCUCAGGAUUUAUGAGUUGCCUAAAAGCCUUUGCAUGUGCAAAAGUCUGAUGUUUUUGGAGCUACUGUUAAACUUUACUAUCAAAGUUCCUACAUCCGGGUGUUUUCCAAGUCUGAAGUACCUCUGUGUUAUGUUAUUUGGCAUGGCUGAUAAGGAUUCGAUGAAUAGGCUUUUUUCUCAAUGCCCUGUACUCGAAGUUUUAACUAUAAAAGCAGUUUCAGGGAUACGUCAUGUAGUCUUGGACAUCAACAUUUCAGCUCCUGAACUGAAGAUGCUAACAAUUUAUUUGGGCGCAGGAGCUUUGCACAAUCUUUUUAUUAAUGCCCCAAAGCUUGAAAAUCUAUAUCUCUGUGACAACCGUUUGUCAAAUUAUAUUUUUGAGAAUGUAAAAUCACUAAUCAAAGCGGAUAUAGAUCUCAGUGACCAAUUUGGAAUUUACGAUCCUGGCUAUGUGAACCGUGUGACUGCACUUCUAGCCGGCAUUUCCCAUGUUAAAUAUCUGCGUCUUUCUGCUCCAUCUUUUGAGGUAGUUACUCAAUACUUCCGUUCUUUGUCCAUUGUUUCUGAUUCAGUAUUUUGGCAGCUUUGCUCCCGUGAUAUUACUAAGUAA